AUGACUUCCAAACAAGCCGUACCAGCCACAGCGGGAGCUACGUCUCCUCCCAUGGGCGGCACCCGCCGUCGCUCGAGCAGCGGUAUUUCUGAUGACGUUGCCAAAUCCGCACACGACUUCAUGGCGGGCACCAUUCGUCGCUCUAGCAGCGGAGUGACUGACGAUGCAGCAAUGGCUGCUCAUGAGUUCAUGAGGAGAGCUAAGGGCACCGGCCCAGGCUUGACUGAUGAUCUCACCGACAAGGCCCACAAGUUCAUGGUUGGGCCUGCCACGCACCGCGAAAGCCAUAGCAAAUACCUACCAGACGUGACUGUUCCCGGGCUGACUGACCAAAUUGUCGAAGAAGCUGUGGAGUUUGAAGACAGUAUUGAGAAAAGCAGUAAGGCCUAA